AUGAGUAUAAAAAGAUCAAAGAAUCAAUUAAGAAGAGAGAAAGCAAAACAGAGAAAGAUAGAAAGCAAAGAUGUUGGUGAGGAUGUUGGUAAGGAUGUUGGUAAAGAUGCUAAAGAUAUAGAGAAAGAAACUGGCCUACAGAAUGGUGAUGAGAUAAAGAAUAAUCAAGAUGCCAUGCCAGAGAAAGAUAGCAAAGAAGAACCAGUAGUAGAUCAAGAACCAACAAUCAACCUAGAUACAAAUUCAGAAUUAUUCAAACAAUACAAGUCAAUACUAAACAAAUUCAAACCAAAAGAACAACCACAACAACAACCACAACAACAACUCCCAAAAUCAUCAUCAAAACGUGAUAAAAUCCAAGUAUUCAACCAAUCAGACACAUCAUCCUCAGAAUCAGAACCAGAAGAAUCAGAACCUAAAUUAUCAAAACGACAACUUCGCAAAAUUUCAAAACCACCCCUUUCCAAACUCAAAUUAUCUACAAAUUAUCCCGAAAUUGUAGAUUGGUCAGAUGCAGAUUCAAAAGAUCCAUACUUACUCAUCUCCAUUAAAUCACAUCCGAAUAUAAUUCAAGUACCAUCUCAUUGGAAUUCCAAGAAGGACUAUUUAUCAAGUCGAAAAGGUUUUGACAAAAUGCCAUUUCAAUUACCUUCAUUCAUAAAAGAAACAGGGAUUGAAGAAAUGAGACAAGUUAACGAUAGGUCAUUAAGACAAUCACAAAGGGAAAAAACACAAGUUAGAAUGGGCAAACUCGACAUAGACUACGAGAAGCUCUACAAUGCCUUUUUCCGAAAUCAGUUUAUAUCCAGGCCGAGAUUGUUUCCGUUUGGAGAAUUGUAUGAAGAAGGUAAAGAGAUUUCAGAUAGUUUGAAUAAGGUAGUGGCUGGGAUAAGACCUGGUGUUCUAAGUUCUAAAUUGAGAAAGGCUUUGGGAAUGCCUGAGAAUGACCAAUCAAUUGCACCUGCUUGGAUUACUAUCAUGAAGGAAAUAGGUAAACCUCCGGCAUAUGAGAAUUUAAUAAUCCCGGGUAUUGAUUGUGAUUAUAAAAAUCUGGGAUAUAUUGAUAAAGAUAAUGAUGUAAAUAAAUCUGAUUUUGUAUAUUUUGGAAAGAUUAAUAAUUUGGUUGAAAGUGAAUCUGAAAGUGAAAGUGAAAGUGAAGAAGAAGAAGAGGAAGAGGAUGAAAGUGAAAAUGAGAAAGAGGAAGAAGAAGAGGUAAAAGAGGAGGUAGAAGAGGUUAAUGAGCUUAAAGAGGAGGUAGAAGAGGUAAAGGAAGAAGUUAAAGAGAAAUCUACAUUUGAAAUAUUAUCUGAAUUACCAGCAGAACCUAAAAAUCUAUAUAAAGUUUUGAAAGAGAAUAAGAAUGAUGAUUUAUCUAUAACUGGUCAUUCUUAUCAAUCAGAUUUCGAAUUUUAG